GUCCCGCCUUCCCUCAGCCGGGGCCCCCUCCCUGCCGGCUCUGGGAGGCGGGGACGCGUCGUCGUCGGCGGCUUCUCCAGUCGCGUCUUUCUCACUCACUGGGGAACCCGGCGGUGGCGGCACCUUCGGAGGCUGAGCAGCCAAGCCGCGAGCCCGCCAGUGGGAGGUCGGACAGACUGCAGAGCCGACGGACGGACAGCGGGGCAGCCAGACGGCCUGAGUGGCUUCGAGUUCCGCCAUGAGCUGGGGCACGGAGCUGUGGGAUCAGUUCGACAGCUUAGACAAGCAUACACAAUGGGGAAUUGACUUCUUGGAAAGAUAUGCCAAAUUUGUUAAAGAGAGGAUAGAAAUUGAACAGAACUAUGCAAAACAAUUGAGUGAUCUUUCCAGAGUAUUGAAGAUCUCUCCAGUUCCUCAUUUCUUCAGAGUUUCUAAGACAGAAAAAAUCUGGUUAAGAAGUACUGUCCCAAACGUUCUGCCAAAGAUGAAGAGCCAAGGACAGCGAGAAGUAGUAGCAGAAGAAAUGGCGCACAGAGUUUAUGGUGAAUUAAUGAGAUACGCUCAUGAUCUGAAAACUGAAAGAAAAAUGCAUCUUCAAGAGGGACGAAAAGCUCAACAGUACCUUGACAUGUGCUGGAAACAGAUGGAUAAUAGUAAAAAGAAAUUUGAAAGAGAAUGUAGAGAGGCAGAGAAGGCACAACAGAGUUAUGAAAGAUUGGAUAAUGAUACUAAUGCAACCAAGGCAGAUGUUGAAAAGGCUAAACAGCAGUUGAAUCUACGUACGCAUAUGGCCGAUGAAAAUAAGAAUGAAUAUGCUGCACAGUUACAAAACUUUAAUGGAGAACAGCACAAACAUUUCUACGUAGUGAUUCCUCAGAUUUACAAGCAACUACAAGAAAUGGAUGAACGAAGGACCAUUAAACUCAGUGAGUGUUAUAGAGGAUUCGCAGACUCAGAACGCAAAGUUAUUCCUAUCAUUUCAAAAUGUUUGGAAGGAAUGAUUCUUGCAGCAAAAUCAGUUGAUGAAAGAAGAGACUCUCAGAUGGUAGUAGACUCCUUUAAGUCCGGAUUUGAACCUCCAGGAGACUUUCCAUUUGAAGAUUACAGUCAGCAUAUUUAUAGAACCAUUUCUGAUGGGACUAUCAGUGCAUCCAAACAGGAAAGUGGGAAGGUGGAUGCCAAAACCACAGUAGGCAAGGCCAAGGGCAAGUUGUGGCUCUUUGGAAAGAAGCCAAAGGGCCCAGCACUAGAAGAUUUCAGUCAUCUGCCACCAGAACAGAGACGUAAAAAACUACAGCAGCGCAUCGAUGAACUUAACAGAGAACUACAAAAAGAAUCAGACCAAAAAGAAGCACUCAAUAAAAUGAAAGAUGUAUAUGAGAAAAAUCCACAAAUGGGGGACCCAGGGAGUUUGCAGCCUAAAUUAGCAGAGACCAUGAAUAACAUUGACCGCCUGCGAAUGGAAAUACACAAGAAUGAGGCUUGGCUCUCUGAAGUUGAAGGCAAAACAGGUGGAAGAGGAGACAGAAGACAUAGCAGUGACAUAAACCAUCUUGUAACACAGGGACGAGAAAGUCCUGAGGGAAGUUACACUGAUGAUGCAAACCAAGAAGUCCGUGGGCCACCCCAACAGCAUGGUCACCACAGUGAGUUUGAUGAUGAGUUUGAAGAUGAUGAUCCCUUGCCAGCUAUUGGACACUGCAAAGCUAUCUACCCUUUCGAUGGACAUAAUGAAGGUACUCUGGCAAUGAAAGAAGGUGAAGUUCUAUACAUUAUUGAGGAGGACAAGGGUGAUGGAUGGACAAGAGCUCGGAGACAGAACGGGGAAGAAGGCUACGUUCCCACGUCAUACAUAGAUGUAACUCUAGAGAAAAACAGUAAAGAGGUCUUCAGUAAUUGUUCUUUUCUUUUUCCUCCUGGACUGCAGGUUCCUGAAGAGGGUUUCUGAGGAAAUGGGCAAGAUGUUGAAGGAGGUUACAUGCAGCUGCUUUUGGGGGGAGGGUAUUAGAGUUGUCAGGCUCAGAGAGAGUGAGAGAAGCAAGUUGCAUGAGUGCAUGCAGACAUGAUUAUUUUUUACUAACUUCAUUAGCAUUUCCAUACAUUGUUUCCAAAAUCAUUGUAAAACCAACUCUUAAGUUUGUCAUUUACAGUUAUUCACAUAAAGGAAAAAAAGCCAACAGUGGCUAACCUUUUUUUCCAUUUAUUUUACUGAUGUUCAAAUCAGAAAGAAUGCAGAGCUGUCAUUAAGUGUGUGUUAAAUUUGACUGUCCCAGUAGGACUGUCCAUUCCAGCUCUGUUUUAAUUGGCUUUUGGAUCCACUGUCUGUUAGAAUCCUUGCCAUUUGUCAGUGUCUGCCUGCAUCACCUCUGUGCUUGCUUAACAUCCUGUUGCAUGUCUUAGAAUGAUCGGGUUUAGAUUUUUUUAGGCAUGUCUUUAUAAUCCCUUGUUCUUGUCAAAGCCUUUGUUUUGUUUUACAUUUGUAGUGCAGAUCACUUUGUCAAACAUCUCCAGCACUAAUGUUUCCAUCCUAGUGUUCGUGUACGCUGCUAUAACUUCCCCACUGCAAAACAUUCCAGUUUUGGCAUUAUGAAGAAGUAGUUUUUGAACCUGAAGUAUUUAUGAUCAGAAAAAGAAAACAUCUCUGCUCUAGCCUACAGCCCAGUUGAAAGAACUGUUUGAAACAGGAUACAUCUUCAGCACCUCAGUCUGGAAAGAAUCUAUAGUCAGCCCUGAAAUCCUGGCAUAAUAAACACAGAAGAUACUCACCACCUCAAGACAAAGGGCUGUUGUCAGAAGUCAGCUGCUUCCAUUCAAAUGCUGCCUUAAACUAGAGUGCCUAAAUCUGUUGAUUGCCAAUACUACCACUACAGUAUCCCACAAAGGGCUUUAUGUAUCAGCUCAGUGCGACCUCCUUUAACUCGGCAGUGCUGCUGCAACUGCCGAUGCAACCUCGGUAGGUGGCUUUUAGAGCUCUACCAUGUUUGAUGGUGCAUCUUCAAAUUUAUGCAUCACACUAUAGAUAUGUCCGAGUCCAUUUUACUUUCCUCAGUGUUUUUAUGAGAAGUUUUAUGGACCUCCCCCACAUCAUCUUAAUUUGGAGUUACCAUGUUCUCAUUUAAUUAUUACAAUGAUAGUCUGUUUCCAGGUGAUGAUUUUAUUUGAACCACAUAAAAUUUAGUGAAACUUUGUAAUGAUCUAUGUGCACUUUUACUUGUAAAAUGGGAGUUUCUGUAUGUUUAUUCUUGUAAAUAUAUUUGUCAUCAGUGCCCUUAUGCUCAUGUUGCUCAUGCUGUUCUGCCUCACAUUUGUGAUUCUGUUAAUGACUUGUAUCUUAACUAAUUUCUUAGUGGCAUUUAAUAGGAAGGUGGGUGGGGGCGGGGGGGAUAUUUGUAACAUGCAAGGUUCAUCAGUUUGGUUCUUUACUGUUUUGAGGGAAGAAAGAACGUGUAAUGGUCUGUGUAUUGUUGGAUUUCAAGCAAUAUUUUAGAAGCUAUGUGACUGCUUUAAUAAUUUUUCCCAGUGUUAUUUGAAUCGUACUACCAGUUAUACUAAAGCUGAAUGACAGUUGUGUGAAAGUUGAUGCCUUUGUAAGAUCAAGUACGCCCGUUACACAGCUGACUUAUAGUGUAUUACCUUUAAGGCUAGUAAACUAUGAAGUUUUAGAUUUUAAAUCUUGUUACAGGGUUAUUUAUAUAAUGUGACAUUAUUCAAUACUGACAGACUACAUAAAGUAGUUUUAAAAUCCCGUGCUGUUUUUAUUUUAAAGGUUAGCAAUGAAGAGGAAAUGUGAUCUGGCCGUGUUUGUCUUCUGUACAAAGCCUGAAGUGCUUGUGUUUUUUUGGCUAACAGCCACAGAGGGCAAAGUUUAAAGCUUUCUUGUGAGGACUAACUGUUCUUUUCAAGCUACUGUUUGUUUUUCUUAAAGCAGGAUUUGCUUCCGUAGGAGGCAGGUUCUUUCACGUGGAAUAGUGCAACCUGUAUAUGGGUUAUUACAAUAGGAAAGACAUUUGUACUUGCACAGUUGAAAUCAUUCUUAAAUUUGAACAUGUGAAUUGUCCAAAAGAAAUUUUUAAUUUUUCAGUAAUUUUUACUUUUUUGUGCACAUGUUGAUUUCUUAAUGUAAAUGCUUUGUUUAAGAUAGUGUUCUCUGUUGAGAAUAUUUUCAUGGAAUAAAAUAAUCUUUUCAUGGUCA